CAACUUUUCUUUUUAUCAAUUCAAGUUCCCUUUCCCUACUUUUUUAUUUUCUUGGCUCAUUUCGUCUUGCAAUAAUGAAUUACAACACUUGCUUCCAUCUUCUUUUAGGUUUAUUCAUACCAUGUUCCGUAGUUUGCUUGGCUAUGACAACCAGGAAUCUCAACUCCGAUCAGUUUGUGCUUCUCGAGUUUAAGGAUCGCAUUGCCGAUCCUCAAAAUGUCUUGGCAAACAAUUGGACGGCCUCUACCUCUGUUUGCAAUUGGAUUGGUGUUUCUUGUGGUAUCCUCCAUAAAAGAGUUAUAGCUUUGAAUCUUACAAGCAUGAAUCUUAGGGGUACUAUCCCUCCACACCUUGGAAAUCUUUCAUUUCUACUUUCUCUCGACUUGAGUAGCAACAAUUUAUCUGGCCAUCUGCCUAAAGAAUUGGGCCAAUUGCAUCGUUUGAGGAUCAUUCAGUUAAGCUACAACGGUCUUAAUGGGGAAAUUCCAGCAUGGCUUGGGAACUUACAAAGAGUUCAAAGGCUGGAAAUGGAAAACAAUAGCUUUACAGGCACAAUCCCUCAAACACUUGUUAACAUGUCCAAUCUAGAGAUCUUGAACUUGCAAUUCAAUCAAUUAUCUGGCCAGGUUCCAUAUUCAAUCUUCAGAAUUUCUUCCAUGAAAAUUAUUAGUCUCUUCAGCAAUAGCCUAUCAGGUAGUUUGCCUAAUGAUAUGUGUCAACAUUUACCCAAGCUUGAAGUGCUUUACUUGAGUCGGAAUGAAUUAUCUGGAAACGUUCCAUCAAGUAUUGGCAAAUGCAACAACCUUCAAAUUUUGGCAUUGUCCUAUAAUCAAUUUACGGGAAUCAUUCCAAGAGGUAUUGGAAAUCUGACACGACUCGAAGAAUUAUAUUUGAGGAUGAAUAAUCUAGAAGGUCAGAUUCCGACUGCUAUCUUCAACAUUUCUUCUCUGAAGACUAUUUUUCUCUCCAACAAUAGUCUAUCAAGUAGUUUACCUAAUGCUUUGUGUCACCAUUGUCCCAUGCUUGAAUGGCUUUUCUUGGAACAUAAUGAAUUAUCUGGUGAUAUUCCAUCAAGUAUGGGUGAAUGUUACAAGCUUCAGAGUCUGAAUUUAGCAGCAAAUCAAUUCAGUGGGCUGAUUCCAAAAAGUAUUUUUAAUUCAACUAUGCUCCAAGGAAUAUAUCUAAAUGACAACAGUUUAGAAGGUAAUUUACCACCCAUUACCAAUGCUCCAAAGCUUGAGAAUCUUUUAUUGUGGGGAAAUAAUCUUAGCGGAAACAUUCCCAACUCUAUCUCCAAUGUUUCCAUGCUUAAGGAACUAGACUUGGGAAAUAACUUAUUUUCUGGCCCAAUCCCUAAAACGCUUGGCAACUUAAGAUACCUUGAAUGCCUUCAUAUCCAAAACAAUAAAUUGAUUGCAGGAUCUGCUAUUGAUCAUGACUGGACCUUUCUUUAUUCUUUGGCGAAUUGCAAGCAUCUGAAAAGAAUAAUUGUUUCAGGAAAUCCAUUGAGUGGUGUUCUUCCUACUUAUAUCGGGAACCUUUCAAACUCCCUUCGAGACUUUGUGGCCUCUAAUUGUGAGAUUAUGGGCAAUAUUCCUACGGAAAUAGGUAACUUAAGCAACAUGUUGCGUUUAGAACUUGACUAUAAUAAGUUAAGUGGAUUUAUUCCAACAUCAAUAAGAGGACUGCAAAAACUCCAAGGUCUAGAUCUUUCCUCUAAUAAAUUAGAAGGGCCUAUCUCAGAGAGCCUUUGUGAUUUGGAGAGUCUAUACAAAUUGUUUUUAGGGUUGAAUAAGCUGUACGGAUCUAUACCCUCUUGUCUGGGUAAUAUUUAUUCUUUGGGAUAUCUUUACUUAAAUUCCAACAAAUUGAGUUCGGCAAUACCCUCAACUUUGUGGAAUCUUAAAGAUAUCUUAGAAAUAGAUUUAUCAUCAAACCAUCUUCACAAUUCUCAUGCUAUUGAUGUUGGAAAUUUGAGGAGUCUAGGGAAACUAAAUUUAUCAAGGAAUCUUCUCAUGGGCGAUAUUUUAUCCACAUUUGGGAGUCUUCAAACUUUGGUUACAUUAGAUUUAUCAAAUAAUAAACUACAUGGUCAUAUCCCUGAAUCAUUUGGUGGUUUGAUUAAUUUGGAAUCCCUGGAUUUAUGUAAGAACAAUCUCUCUGGAGUCAUUUCUAAAUCGUUGGAAAAGCUUUUACAUCUAAAGUAUUUUAAUGUGUCUUUCAACAGACUUGAAGGGGAAAUUCCUACUGAAGGAAGUUUUUCAAACUUUUCUAGCACAUCAUUCAUGAAGAAUUAUGCACUUUGUGGUCCACCUAGAUUGCUAGUCCCACCUUGCAAAAACGACAUUCACGAAAACUCCGAAAAGAUUAUAUUGCAUGCUUUAAGGUAUGGUUUACCAACAAUUGGUGUUGUCGUACUACUAAUAGUGUUAACUAUUAUGUAUAGAAGAUGCCAAAGAAGGAGUACAACUCUACCAAUUAAAGAUGAUUUGUUGUCUUUGAAAACACCGAGAAGAAUUUCACAUGCUGAACUUUCACGAGCAACUAAUGGAUUUGAGGAAAGCAAUAUGCUUGGUUCAGGGAGUUUUGGAUAUGUAUAUAAAGGGAGGCUUUCAGAUGGAAUGGAAGUUGCAAUAAAAGUUUUCAAUUUGCAAACAGAGGGAGCAUUUAGGAGUUUUGACAUUGAAUGUGAUGCUAUGAGUAAUAUAGUUCAUCGUAAUAUUGUGAAGGUCAUUACCUGCUGCUCAAGUGUUGACUUCAAAGCCUUGGUGCUUGGUUACAUGUCUAACGGAAAUCUUGAGAAAUUGUUACAUUCUAAAAACCAUUUCCUCGAUAUCAUACAAAGGGUUGACAUAAUGAUUGAUGUUGCAUCAGCUAUAGAACAUCUCCACAAUGGACAUCCAACACCUAUAAUUCAUUGUGACUUAAAACCAAACAAUAUUUUACUAGAUGAAGACAUGGUUGCACAUGUGGGAGAUUUUGGCAUUGCCAAAUUGUUGGGAGAAGGUGACUUAAUGAAGCAUACCAUGACUCUUGCAACUAUUGGGUAUAUGGCACCAGAAUUUGGAUCUGCAGGAAUUGUUUCUGUAAAAUGUGACGUCUAUAGUUAUGGGAUUGUCCUCAUAGAAACUUUCACAAAGAAGAAGCCAACUGAUAAUUUUUUUGCUGAAGAAAGGACUAUAAGGCAUUGGAUGGAAAGUUCAUUGCCUAAAGGAGCGAUAGAAAUUGCAGAUGUUGAUUUAUUAAAAAGAGAGGAUGAGUACUUUAUUGUUAAAGCAAAUUGCAUUUCAUCCAUCAUGGAGUUGGCUUUGAAUUGUUCAACUGAAUUACCAGAAGAAAGAAAAGAUAUGAAAGAUGUUGUGGCUGAGCUAAAGAAAAUCAAACAAAGGUUGCUAAACAACAUCAAACAUGUUUAACAAAGAUGACUCUUCAACAAAUGGUAUUAUUCUUGAGUUGGGGUUUUGUCUCUUGAUUCUGCAAAGAUCUCUAUGGGUUUACGGAGAUGAUUGCGAGGUAAAUGUUACAUAUACGUUAGUUGGUGGUUUGAAUCCUUUCGCACGUAUUCUUCAUGAUUUUUCUGUAGAGGCUAGGAAUAAAAUCUCGACAUGGGGACAAUACCUUUUGUUGUUGAGGGCAAUGUUGACUACCUGGCAGAUAACACUCAGAAGACUUCUCCUGAAGAGUUGAUCUCCCUUAACAAAAAGUCAAAUACAAGAUUGUUCAAUGCAGGGACAAGUCUAACACAUUGGUCUUAACUAAGCUACCUUGCCUUGUCAGUGGUUGUUGAUCAAGGAAAACUAAAGGAGGCCAAUAAGAAGAAUAAAACUUCGCAUGCUUUACUAUUAUGCGCUACAAAACAAAGACUUUUUUCUACAUGAAAUUUGUAUUGGGCUAUCAAUGUUUCAUGGAUUAUGUUGUUUUUCUAAAUCAAGAGGUGGUUUUGCCAUUAUUGAAUGCAAAGUCAAAGUCUACAUAUAUACUACCAAGUGCCAAGUAAUAUUUCCUAUGAUGGAAGUUCUGCUAAUGCGCAGCUUAAUCAACUCUAAUGCUCAUGUGGAUUUUAUUUGUCUUUAUAGUAUUUGGAGACUAUUUUAUGAA